AUGCUGUGCCCUCUCGAUGACUAUUGUCAUCUGUCGAGUGUUUGCUCGGGAAGGUUGGACUACUUAGUGGAGAGGAGGGUUACUGUUCAUGAGAUCAUGGCGCGGUUGCAUGAGUUGGGCUUCCAGAGACAGGGCCGAGAGGUUAUGUACAACGGCCAUACUGGUCUACGGCUACCAGCAAAGAUAUUCAUCGGUCCAACGUACUAUCAGCGACUGAAGCAUAUGGUUGAAGACAAGAUUCAUUCAAGAGCUCGAGGGCCCAUGCAGAUGCUCACACGACAGCCUAUGGAGGGUCGUGGACGAGAGGGCGGUCUGCGAUUUGGAGAGAUGGAACGUGAUUGCAUGAUUAGUCACGGAGCGGCCAAGUUCCUCAAGGAGAGACUCUUUGAUAUUUCGGAUGCUUACAGGGUUCACGUAUGUGAUAACUGUGGUAUGUUUGCGAUCGCGAACUUGUACAAGAAUCACUACGAAUGCAGGGCGUGCAAGAACUCGACGAUAUCACAGGUUCAUAUACCAUAUGCGUGCAAGCUGCUGUUCCAAGAGUUGAUGACGAUGUCCAUCAUGCCCAAGCUUGUACUCAAGGUUGCUUGA